GCCUGGCCGCGGUGCGCAACCCAGCGAGGGGAGCGCACAGCCGAGCUGGUCCCGCGCUCGGGGCUCUGGGGACCGAGUCCUCUGACCUCCCUGUUGCCGUUCUCUCCGCCCGCUGGACUCGUCUUCAGAUCUGACCCCGCUCCUGCCCGACACCUGCGGAGGGUCCACCUCCGCCCCUGGCCAGCACCAUGCCCAUCCUCAAGCAACUGGUGUCCAGCUCCAUGCACUCCAAGCGCCGCUCCCGAGUGGACCUCACAGCUGAGAUGAUCAGCGCCCCUCUGGGUGACUUCCGCCACACCAUGCACGUAGGCCGGGCCGGGGACGCUUUUGGUGACACCUCCUUCCUCACCAGCAAGGCAGGUGAACCUGAAGGCGAGUCCCUGGACGAACAGGCCUCCUCCUCAUCUUCCAAACGCAGUCUCCUGUCCCGCAAGUUCUGGGGAAGCAAACGGUCACAGUCAGUGACCAGGGGGGACCGGGAGCAGAGAGACAUGCUGGGCUCCCUGAGGGACUCGGCGCUGUUCUUCAAGAAUGCCAUGUCCCUGCCCCAGCUCAACGAGAAGGAGGCCACAGAGAAGGGUUCCAGCAAGUUGCCCAAGAGCCUGUCCUCCAGCCCUGUGAAGAAAGUGGUUGCUGGGGACAGCAGCCAAGAGGAGGUGGGGGCAGGGGAGAUGGGCCCUCCUCGGAAUGGGGCCACGGGCCCCCACUACCCUGACCCUCUGCUUGACGAGCAAGCCUUCGGGGAUCUGACCGAUCUGCCCAUUGUGCCCAAGGCCAACUACUCGCUGAAACAUGCUGAAUCCAUCAUGUCCUUCCACAUUGACCUGGGGCCCUCCAUGCUGGGAGACGUCCUCAGCAUCAUGGACAAGGACAAGUGGGACCCUGAGGAGGAGGAAGGUGGCGGCUACCGGGAUGAAGAUGGCCCCAGCAGCGUGCUCCAGGCUCCCCCUUUGCCAGAGGUGGCCCCUUCCCUGGGGAGACCGGAAGGCAAGGCCAGCCCAGACCUGGCCUCACCGCUUCCCCACGCUCUAGAGGAUGAGGGGUGGGCGGCGGCAGCCCCCAGCCCCAGCUCGGCCCGCAGCCUGGGCAGCCACACCAUGCGGGACAGUAGCUCCCUUUCCAGCUGCACCUCGGGUGUCCUGGAAGAGCGCAGCCCAGCCUUCCGAGGCCCCGAAAGGGCCAGGGCUGCCGCCCUGAGACCCUCGGACAAAGAGUUCUCCUUCAUGGAUGAGGAGGAAGAGGAGGACGAGAUCUGAGUGUGAGGUCCAUCGACAGUAGCCUCCCCAAGUCAGGGUGCAUCUUUCCCUAUCCCUGCCCCACUGCGACCUUUGACCUUACUGUGCAGGGGCAACCAAGAGCUUCCCAUUGGAGUAGAUCCUGGACCUCGUAGAUGGGGUGCUUUGCAGGGGACAGGGUACCGGCUAGUGGCUUGACUCCCUGACGCACCCUGCUUUCCUGCAGCUGCCCGGGAUGGGGUUGUGUCCCAGCAGGAAUCUCGGUGGGGGUGGGGGGAGUUUGUCUCCAACCUGGCCUCAGAUGGGUGCCAGAUGUUAAUUUGAGUUCUUGCCAUGUGCAGCCGCCCCUCCAAAGCCUGGACACUUGGCUGCCUUUUCUUUCCUGGCAUCUGGUGCCCACAGGGAGGUAUGUGUGGGCAGGACGUAGAGGGGUCCACAUAUUCCUGUCCCCCCCCCUCCACCCCUGCCUGGCUCCUCACUAGAAGCCUGGUGCUCCUUGGGGGUUGGCUAGGACAGGGGACAGCCACAACUUGUACACUAAACGCAGCCUCUCCCAGGGGCCAGGUCAGGAUGGGGGUACAGAAAGAAAAGCCCCAGGUUUCUUGGAUAAUCAAGAAGGGGUCCUUCCUCACCGACACUAGGAGCAGGGCUGGGCACCAUCCUGUGGGGUGUUUGUUCUUUAUUUCUACGUUUGAACUUGGGUAGCGUAAUGUCAGGAAUAGAUCCUGCACUAGAAGAAUCAAAUCCUUUCAGCAAAACUUGAUGCUGAGGAAUGGCACAGUGACUGUUAUAUACUCAAGUCGGGGUGGGGGGUAUCUCUUGGAAGCCCACCCAAGGGGAUAAAUACCCCCAGUGUAUGUCUCCCAUCCCCACCUCUAUAGCUCUUAACAGCUGAGCGAGGCCUGUGUAGAAAAUUUCUGGAAUAUGAUUUUAAAAAAAUUAUACAUCAUUCCUGGGGUUGGGAGAGCUGUGUAUUAACUGGGUGGUUUCCUACCCCACCUUAAGGGAGACAUGUCUGUUUGCUUCCUUUCACAGUCUCUCCCCACUGCAGAGGCCAGGACCCUGGGGUCAACAGCUGCCAGGUUUAACAGGAAAAAAAAAGAGAGAGAGAGAGAGAAAAUAAGAAAAA